CUUCUUUGUCCUCCCUUUAGUCAACAACAACACAACACACCCUUUUCGGCUUCGCUAAACGAACGGGAUCCCUACGAAAGGGCGGGUGUGUGAAGGGAUCCGAUCUAAGUCAUCUAUCUCAUCACAAACCGGUUAUCUCGCCGGUUGUCCCACCUUUGUACCGGCGGACCGGAGGAGAUAGCGCACCUACAUCGUGUUUACGGUAGUCUCGGGUUUGUUCUGAGUUGUCUCCUGGCGUAUUUGAACCAUUCCUCGCGUGUUCCUCUCGUGUUGCUUUUUGACCUUUCUCACCCGGAUUCAACAAUUAAGUUGACCCCUGCGACUUUGUCUGGAUUAAUUUGUUAUUGGAUUGAGGGGAUAUAAUGCAUAAAGAUGUCACGAUGGCCGCAUCGUUUUCCAUAUCAGACGACGAAUCCGAGACCUCUGAUGAGUUAGAGGGGCGAGAAUUUCCACUUCAGGUACCCAACUGGCACCCUGCCAUGAGACCCCCAGUCCUCUUAGGGGGCGGUCGUACUCGGGGGAACUCAGAGUCCCAUGUGUCCUACGUGGACCAGGAGUUCCGGGCCGGGGAAGGGGAGGACGUGGGGUCCGGGGACGGCACCCCGUUCCGGAGUCGCUCGCAGUCCGCUCCGGCAGCCCUCUGGGCGGCCAAGAAGUACGGCCGGCAGCUCCGGAGGAUGAGCGACGAGUUCGACAGCUGGCUGGACAAAGGGGAGAUGCGGAAGGUGAAGAGCGCAGGGUCGGCCGGACAGAUGUGGCUCUCCCGCAGCUGGUGGAGCAACCUCUUCAGCCACCAGGAGACGGAGGUGGAGAACAGCGCCCUCCACCCGGAGAACCAGAGUAACCGCACCGAGUAGGGGGAGGCGGGGGGGGGGGGGGGGGCGAGAGCUGGGGGGGGGGGGGUUACAUGGAUGGUUGGAUGGAGAUUUUUCUUUUUUUUCUAUUGGGUGGGGGGGAGGGGGGGGCGAGGAAGAGGUCCGAUGGGAGUCAAAAAAACGGAAUCUGCACCGAUGUUUUUAGAAAUGGAAAUAAUUUGGUGUAUUUUUUUGGUGGGGGUGAAACAGUAGAGUAGGUUGGCCGUCCAGAACAUACAAGUUCGAGAGACGUUUCCUUGUUUCUGUCUGCGUUGUCAGGACUCGAUACUAGUUUACUAACUACAUCACUGAUGUAGAAUUUAGCAUCCAUCAUCAUGUUUUUGUCAAUCCUUCCCGCAAACUGUUAAAUCGGCUGUUAUUAGCAAGCUACAUAAAGGGGUUUGUAUCAACUGUGGCUGAGAUACAUUUUAGGAAUAUACAAUGAAAAACUGGCUGACCAUAAUCCCCCUUAAUUUAAAAAAUACCCAAAUAGGCAUCCACUGUAGCUAUAUUAUAUCUUUCCUUUUAAGUAGAACGUAUACCCCCUUAACAUUCUAACUGCAAUCAGUUGAAAGGAGAUUUUAUGACCAAAGUGGUGUCUCUUAAAGUUUCCUAGUUUUAUUGGCAACACAAUCUCAAUGUGUUUUGCAAAAAAAAAAAAUAUAUAUAUAUAUAGAUAUAUAUAUAGAUAUAUAUAUAGAUAUAUAGAUAUAGAUAUAUAGAUAUAGAUAUAUAUAGAUAAGACUAUCAUAAAACGCCUUUUAUCUCUCUAGUUUAGUUUAAAAAACAAACAAUCUCGACAAGGACAAUCACUACUCGGGCUUAACUUGUGAUUUCUUUUCCUACGGCACUAAUACUACUUCAGGGUUAAGAGUUUAUCGGACGACUGGCAGGCAUAGAAGCACAAGCAACCACCGCCGCAGAUCUGUCUCGCCAAUGCCUCCGGCAACCACACAAAGAAAGACUUGAGUCGCUAUAAAACAAAUAAAGAAAUAUCGUGUACAUAGGAUGUUGAUAUUGUUAUAGAAGGCAGGGAUUUAACAUGGGUGUAUAUUUGACCCAUUCUGCCAAACGAGCAAUAGGCAGUGUACAAUCGAAAGAGGAAGACGAGAAUGAACUGUGAUGUGAUUUUCGGAGAGAGGGAAACAAGUCCAACCACUUCUACGGUAGAAGUCGAGGGCCAGGGGCGUGCGAGCGAUGGAUGAUCAAGUUAUUCAAGUUUCUGCUCUUUAAUAAAAUCAUUAAAAAAGUCAUGCAGUUGGGGGUUUUCAAACCCUGUGAAAAUCAGUUAAAAAUUGUGUUUUGUAUCGACCUAAAGCGGCAUUUGCCCAGUUUUUGUAAUUCCCAAAGUCUUGAUACAGUACUUAAAUAUCAACGACUGGUUGGGUUUUUUAAAAUAGAUCUGCAUGAAAAAAAUGUAUGACAUGUAUUGAAUAUAAAAGCAUAACCAUUUGGAUGAUUUGGUAUUUUUAACAAACGACAGACCAAUUUUGAGUGUAGUCUAAUUUUUAUGAAAUGGCACCAUAGCUCGCAGAAUGGAACCACUUUUUCAAAGUCUCAUCAGAGUAAACAUUAACUAUGAUAAAUCUGAGUGUAUGCAGAACAAAUUGUUAUUUUCUUUAAACAUGGUUUGUUUUCAAUGAGAUUUUUCUCACAAAGCCUUCCGAGUAAUACCACAAAGACCUGGACUACUGUUUUACAUUUGCUCUGAGACACACGUUCUCUCUCUGUGACAAUAUUCAGCCUAUUACAAUGGUUAAUGUAGACCACUAUAGACGCUCGUUUUUAUUUAAAUUCAGGGUACUACCUUUGAAAGUAAAGCCUUUUCUAUCUAUGAAUCAUCUAAAAGUGUGGCUUGAUUAAAUGUACAGGUUUUAUAUCACUGUUAUUAACUUAAAUGUGAUUAUUGGUGACGAUGGUGAGAAAUAUUGUUCCAUUUAUUUGCUGUCUUAUUCUCUUCCUCCCCACUUAUUCUGUGAUUUUGGUUGCUUGCUGUUGCGCAACCCCCCCCCCCCCUCGCUAGCAGUUGGGUUUUCCAUAACCAAUUGCUUAAGAUGUCAAUGUGUUUUUAACAAGAAAAAGUGUCUUUCAGCUGCAGAGAAGCUAGGGCUAGAGAGGAUACAAUGUAAGCCACGUACAAACAGACCAGCCCAGAACGGAGAAGCCCCUUUUCCUUACCUGACCGCCAGUCACCGGAAGGUCGACUGUGAAUCCCAAAGCUUUCUGUGCUCUCUGCGCAACGCACUCGGGUCAAGCGCCUUCACAUUUGACCCUGCUCACCUUAAGCUCCUAAGGCUGACUCACACACACACACACACACACACACACUAAACUUGUUCAGUGAUGUACGAUGCGUUACGUUCCACCACGGCACUCACACAUGGGUCCCUGAACAACCUGCUAGCUAGCUUUGCAACCAUAAUUUUGGUAUUACUUGAAUCCGGGGCCUUUGUUUUGGGGGAAGGGGGCUCUUUAAUAUUUUUCUUUUUUGGUUAUUUUUUAUCUUUUCUAUGACUUUUGUAAAUGUAUUUGAUAUACCCCAGUGUCGAUGCUGGUAGUUCUGUCGUAAACAAUAAAGGAUUUUAUGAUUUGUUUUAAGCUCA